AUCCCUUUCCACUAAACACUGUUACAACUUACAUAUAGAAUGUGAAAAAAAAAAAAAAAAGUGAAAGAACUCUUCUACUUCAGAUCCACUCUCUUACAAUGCUUCCUUGUUUCUAAGUUCUUGACUCGGUCUCUGACUCAGUACUUGCCGCAUUACCAGCUCCUUUCCGUUAGCUGAACUCAACGUGUAGACUGGUACAAUAGGCUUGUUUUCCCGCGCGUGUCAGCACAUUUUGACCUUUUUUUAUGCAUUUGGUCGAGUGAUCGAAUAAAUGGCGUGUUUUCGGCGAAUUAUUCCGGAGCUCCGGUGAGAGUUCGCGGUUUUCGGAGAUUUUUGUGAAAGAGAUGUUUAAGUCGGCGAGAUGGAGGAGCGACAGGAACAAGAUAAAAGCGGUCUUCAAGUUGCAGUUCCAUGCAACUCAAGUGACGGAGUUAAGUGUACAAACACUGAUGAUAUCGGUGGUUCCCGGCGACGGAGGAAAACCGACAACAAAAUUAGAAAAGGCGACAAUUCUGGACGAUAUCUGUCGAUGGGAAAAACCAGUAUACGAGUCCGUUAAAUUUGUUCGAGAGCCAAAAACUGGGAAGAUCAACGAAAGAAUCUAUCAUUUUAUUUUAUCAUCAGGAUUGGGAAAAGGAGGUUUGAUUGGGGAAGCUUCAAUUGAUUUUUCUGCUUAUGCAGAGGCAAUUAAAACUUCAACCGUUUCUCUUCCAUUGAAGAAUUCAAAUUCCAAAGCAAUUUUACAUGUUUCAAUACAGAGGGUGCAGGAAAAUGCUGAUCAAAGAGAAGUGGAAGAUAUUGAAGAUGCAAGUAUUAAAUCACAAGGUAGAAGCUUGAAGGCCCACUUGAGUAAUGGUGAAGCAGAUGAAAGCAUUAAGAACGCUUCAAUUGAAGAUGUGCCUUUCAGCAAAACCCCCCACAAUGAUGAAAUGCAUGAGAACCAUAGAGGAUCUAAUGGAUCUGAUACUACCAUUUCAAGUUCUGAUAGUAGCUCUGGACUUGAUACUCCACGGGAACUUGGAAAUGGAAUAAGGAAUGACAGCAUCCAUCAGGACCCUCCUUAUCUGCCAUCUAUGAGUAACACCUCAUCUACUCCAAAACCAACAUCAGUUGCCUCAACAACGAUCUACGAGGCUUGGUCGGCAGGUUCUGAUCAUGGAAUGAGUACUGAUGACUCCAACAGUUCUCAGGAUACGUUUCCAAGAGAAAGUUCCCAACAUGGUUCAGAUAAUGAGAUGGAAAAGCUCAAGAAUGAGGUCAUUGCUUUGUCCAGGCAAGUGGAUGUGUCGGAUUUGGAAUUGCAGACUCUCAGAAAGCAAAUUGUAAAGGAGUGCAAAAGGGGGCAGGAUCUAUCACGGGAAGUUGUUACUCUGAAAGAAGAGAGAGAUGCACUCAAGUUAGACUGUGAGAAACUUAAGUCCUUUCAGAAGCGAACUGAUGAUGCAAAAGUUAAAAGCAGGCUGCAGUUUGAGGGUGGGGACCCUUGGGUUCUCGUUGAAGAAAUGAGACAAGAGCUGAAUUAUGAGAAAGACAUGAAUUACAAUCUUCGGUUACAACUGCAGAAGACACAGGAAUCAAAUGCUGAGUUAAUACUUGCUGUGCAAGAACUAGAAGAAAUUUUGGAGGCGAAGACUAUGGAGAUUUCCAAUCCUCCCAACAAAUCUGAAUCCAAUGGCAAUGCUGAAGAAGUGAGAGCCAUCAUCUCAAGAAAUGACUCAGAUGAGGAUGAAGAGCAGAGGGCACUGGAACAGCUUGUUAAAGAACACAGGGGCCCCAAGGAAACCUCUCUACUAGAGCAAAAGAUCAUGGACCUCUACAGUGAGAUAGAGAUCUACAAGAGAGAUAAAGAUGAGCUUGAAGCACAGAUGGAGCAGCUAGCACUUGACUAUGAGAUACUGAAACAGGAAAAUCACGACAUCUCAUACAAAUUAGAGCAAAGCCAGCUUCAAGAGCAACUGAAGAUGCAGUAUGAGUGCUCGUCCUCCUUUGCCAACAUAAAUGAACUUGAGACCCAAAUUGAAUUCUUGGAAGGUGAACUUGACAAGCAGUCAAAAGAAUUCUCCGACUCUUUAGCCACUAUAAAUGAACUAGAAGUCAAUGUCAAAAGCUUGGAGGAAGAGUUAGAGAAACAGGCACAACAAUCUGAAAUGGAUAUAGAAUCCAUCACACGAGCCAAAGUUGAGCAGGAGCAAAGAGCUAUACGAGCUGAGCAAGCCCUGCGAAUGACAAGAUGGAAGAAUGCAAAUACAGCUGAAAGGCUGCAGGAGGAAUUUAAAAGGCUCUCUAUCCAGAUGGCCUCUACAUUUGAUGCAAAUGAGAAGUUGGCUGCAAAAGCUCUGACUGAAGCUAGUGAAUUGCGCUCGCAGAAAAAUCAGCUGGAAGAACAGCUCGAGAAAGCUAAAGAAGAGCUCCAAUCAGUUAGGAAGGAUUAUGAGGCUAAACUCUCUAACCUUUCCAAACAAGUAAGUUCUAAAUCAAAUCAAAUAGAACUGAUGUUGGAGGAAAUUGAUGAUAAAUCUAAGAAGCUUGAACAACAAAAGAAGCUUGAGGAAGAAGUAAGCGAGGCUUUUUCCCAGGAUAUCUGCAGCCUAAAAGCUGAGAUUGAAAAGCUGACUAUAGAAAAGAAUUGCCUCCUUGAACAAGCUCAGAAGGCCGAAGACUUGAGACUUGAGUUGGAACGCACAAAAGCAUUAGCUAAAGAAUACGAAAUGCAGAUGCAAAGAGCAUAUCUAGAAAGAAAUGAACUGGAGAGUACAGUUGCUUUGAUGAAAGAGGAAGUGGCUAAGGCACUGGAAGAAUUGCAAAGAAUGAAGCAUCUGAAGGACGAGAAACAAGUGGCAGUUGAAUCUCUACAAUCAGAGCUUGAUAUCCUCAAAAAUCAGUACAAUAAAUUGAAGCAUUCUCUGUCUGAGGAUGAAAUGGAGAAAGAAAAACUCAAAAAGCAAGUAGUUCAACUAAAGGUUGACCUUAAGAAGAAGGAAGAUGCAUUGACUGGCAUGGAAAAGAAGCUGAAAGAGAGCAAUGGAAGAGGAACAGUUUCUCAUGGAACAAGAACACCAUUAAGAAGCAAUAAAUCUGCCUUGGUUCCUGGCAAUUCUAAAGAUGUUGCGAGCCUGAGGGAAAAAGUAAAGUUGCUUGAGGGACAUAUAAAGUUAAAGGAAACAGCUUUAGGAACAUCCACAAAUGUUUUCCUGGAAAAGGAAAAGGAUCUUCAGAAGAAAAUCGAUGAAUUAGAAAGCAGAGUAGAAGAAUUCAACAAGCACAGCGCCAGCUUCUACGAGUACCAACUUCAAAAGGUAGCUAAAGACGAUAACCAGGAUGAAUUGAUAGCUGAACUAGCAGCAUUGAAGGAAAGAAACAAGUCCAUGGAAGAUGAAUUGAAGUAUAUGCAAGAUCGGUAUUCCGAGAUAAGCCUCAAAUUCGCAGAGGUGGAAGGCGAACGACAACGGCUUGUGAUGACGGUACGUAAAAUCAAGAAUGCCAAGAAGAGCUGAAAGGUAUUCAUAACUUCGUAUACAAGUUACUACAAUGUAUAGUUGAAGUAGCAGCUGGAUUUGUACCCACAAGGAAAUUGCAGGUGAGACAGUUUCCUCUUUAGAAUGCACAAGAAAUUAAGUUGUACAAAAAAAAUCAAAAAUGCAUUCACCUCACCUAGUAGUUUCCAUAUAUAGUUUAUUUUUUAUAAAAAAAAUUACUUUGCAUGUUUGGUUCUUGUUCUUAUAUUAAAGAUUGUCAUGAACAUUUCCACAAAUAUAUAUAUAUAUAUAUAUAUAUAUUGACAAAGCAUAAA